AGCAAUCAUCCUUACGCCAGCAACUUCGAUCAGCUCUUCUUCUAGCUGUCUCUCCCCUGCUGCUCUAUAUCUCUCUCGUCUUUUCUCGCCCCCUCCCUCGAUUCCCCCCCCUUCUCUCGGCUUCCUACUCAGAGGGACAUUGAUUCUCUUCUUCUCUUGCGCCACCCUCUCCCUCUCGAUCGUUUGACGCUUUUCCUUGAGCUAAAACCGACUCUUUUGCGCCGUCGUCAUACAAAAGUUCCGUCGAAAACCGCCAAAAAUGGUCACAGAACUCCCCUACGCCCUCGACGCAGAGACGCCUCUGAACCCUUCAGAGCUAAGCGUCUUGCGCGCCCAGUUCGAGAAAGAAGGCGAAAUGGUCGGCGUCCAGACCAAAUUCAACUACGCCUGGGGCCUCGUCAAGUCAAACAACCGCAACGACCAGCAACUCGGCGUCCGCCUCCUCUCCGACAUCUUCCGCGUCUCCCCCGAGCGCCGCCGCGAGUGCCUCUACUACCUCGCCCUCGGCAACUACAAGCUCGGCAACUACGGCGAGGCCCGCCGCUACAACGACCUCUUACUCGAGAAGGAGCCCGCCAAUCUCCAGGCCACCGACCUGCGCCAGCUCAUCGACGACAAGGUCGCCAAGGAAGGCCUGCUGGGCGUCGCCAUUGUUAGCGGCAUUGGCAUCGCUGCUGGUGUCGUGGGAGCGUUUUUGCUGAGGAAUGCGAAGAGGAGGUGA